AUGGCCGAAAAUUUAUGUUCAAAAUGUAGGAAGAUUCCUCGACCACGGUAUUUCACGAGGAAUUCAAACUUCCCCUCGCAGCAUAUAGGGACAAGGGAGCGGAUUCAGAAGAAUAAAGCGUCGUGCUCUUUAUGCCGCCUUGUCUCUCAUGCUCUGUUCGACGGUCCUGUGCGGUAUCCCGGAACUGACAAGUGGAAAGUCGGAGUGAUUUGGGAUGGGACCUACUACUACUUUAGCACUGGCUUCAACGAACCGGAUGUCCGAAUCGGUGUUAUACAAGAAGAGAAUCAACCACUAUCACCAGCAAACUAUGCUAGAGCCAUCACUGACCCACGAGUCUCCUUUAGCCUCAUCCAGUCAUGGUUGGAUCUAUGCGAACAGCAUCAUCAGCAAGGCUCUGAGCUGCAACAGACACUCGGGGAGCCUGCUCCGUCCGUGAUACCGGGACGCCUCAUCGAUGUCCAUGAUGCUUGUGUGGUCCCGACCUCAGGACAUCGAGAACCUCCCAAAUAUGUCACCUUGAGUUACGUCUGGGGAGAGGCAACUCAAUACGAGUUGACCACGGGUACAAAGUCUCAGCUUAUGACUUCUGGUUUCCUCGACGCUGUUGCGGAUCGAAUCCCCAAAACCAUCAGAGACGCAAUGGCGGUCGUCAGAAAGCUGGGUAUCCGUUAUCUCUGGGUGGACGCACUCUGCAUUAUCCAAGAUGACCCUCAGGAUAAAGCGAAGGAAAUCCAUAGAAUGGAUUCAAUAUACGAGGGUUCAACGUUUACUCUGGUUGCUGCGUCUGGAAGCCACGCAGAUGCCGGACUAUCUGCCGUUUCUCGUCGGAAGGGCCACCAGAUGGUUGAAACUAUAUGGCCUGGGGUUAGGAUGACAGCGAUUCAUUCCUUGACUGAUGUGAUCGACAAUCUGAAAUACGGGACCAGGGGCUGGACAUUCCAAGAACAGAUCCUCUCUUCCCGAAUCCUUGCCUUCACCGACGAUAUCGUCUAUUUCCGGUGCCAUGACUGCGUCUGGAGCGAGAACAGUCGAGCUGAUGCGACUCCGGACGUCUCGACAAGUAUGGGAGGUCCUCGAUCACCGGACACCAUCGACCUCGUGUCCAAUCCAUGGCAGUUGUACUCGGAGUACCUGGAGAAAUACUCCGUAAGACAACUCACGAAAGAAGAAGACAUUGUGAAUGCCAUGACUGGUAUCCUUCUACGGAUAUCACGCAAGCUGGAGUGCAGCCUAGUAUAUGGGUUACUCACGGACUCGUUCGAAUGGGGUCUGCUGUUCUCGCCGACAGAUUACCAUAGGCGCGCCGGGUUUCCAAGUUGUUCGUGGGCCGGGUGGAAAGGCCAGGUCCUCUGCCCGUGGCCCGAACCAGACGACUUUGCUUCGGAGAGUUCGGAGAGUUCAGACGAGGACAGUUUCAACGUGGAUCGGUUAACCCUUCAGGCCAGGGAAACAGCGGCGAAAAAUAGCUGGAUUGUCUGGUACGAACGCCCACCACAGGGGGCUGCCCGGCUGCUCUGCGAACGCGAUGCAGACCCCGGUCGCCAGCGGGAAAUCAAGACCCGGAAGCACGAUCUAUUCAAGAGGCGAGCACGAAUGGAGCGUUCUGUCAUGGAGACGCGCCCAACAGCCACUCUUGGCCAUUUGAGGCUUCCGGAAUAUUCUGUGCUCCAGUUCUGGACCGUGUCUCUCAGACUGCAGAUCCAAGAGUUUCCUGUCCCCUCUGCUCAUCGAGCCGAUAUUGUGAAUAAUAAGGGAAAUGUAUGUGGCCAAGUCAAGUUACCGAAAGGACUUAGGCCUGCCUACGGAACAUCGGCGGAGUUCAUAUUGUUGCUGUCGACCAACGUGACGGAGGCUCUGGUCGAGAACCCACAAAGAUGGAACAAAGUCGAUUCGGCCGGGGCAAUGCAAAUGGCACGUGGAGAGCCUUUGGAGCUCUACAAGGUAAUGUGGAUUGAAUCGCACGAGGGGGUAUCAGAGCGUGUGGCUGUAGGUGAGAUAGAGCAACGAGCGCUGCGAUAUGCAGUGGAAAGCAAGCCGGUAUGGAAAGAGAUUAUCCUCAAAUGA